CUUCCGAAUCCGCGCUAUUACGUGGAUCUACACAUUUGACAUCGGAUCCUCCGGAGAUCCUCCAUGGAUUCCUAAACUACGCGUUCUCGUCUGCUCUUGUUCUGCGCUUCCGCCGGUUCGUUGGUUUCCAUGUAAAUGGUCAACCUGAACAAUAGCUCAGGCGAUGACUAUGCAAGUCUGACUCAAGAGCGAGGCUUCACACCAUGCAACUGGUACCAAAUAAUGAUGAAAAUACAGAUGAUAUUCUGGAACGUGCGCCCAUUUUAAGUCAAUUGGAUUUUCUGCCACAGUCAGUGGGAUCAUCAUCCUCUGCUGAGAUUAUAGCUAUAGGGAGAGAGAGCUCUGGUAGUGAUGAUGAUUCACACAAUCUUAAUGUUGAUGAAACCAGUCAUCUGGUGAAUGCAGACCAACCACAAUGUCGUAUAUGCCUUGACACUGGAGGAGAAGAUUUAAUUGCUCCAUGCCACUGCAAAGGCACUCAAAAGUAUGUCCAUAGAUCAUGUCUUGAUAAUUGGAGGUCCACAAAGGAGGGCUUUGCUUUUGCUCAUUGUACAGAGUGCAGAGCUAUGUUCGUGUUACGUGCAAAUGUCCCUCCUGAUCGCUGGUGGUUGAGACUGAAGUUUCAAUUUCUUGUUGCUAGGGACCAUGCGUUCAUUUUCAUUAUUGUUCAACUGAUUGUGGCAUUCUUGGGGGUGUUGGUGUACAAAUUCUACGGAGAGGAACUAAGGGAAAUGUUUGGUUAUGAAGAACACCCAUAUGGGUUCUAUGCCAUGGCUGUCUUGGCGAUCAUCUUGGUUGGCUUACUCUAUGGUUUCUUCAUAGCCAUUAUAUGCGGGCAGAGGAUAAACGAACGCCACUACCAUGUCCUUGCUAAGCAAGAACUGACAAAGGAAUAUAUAGUUGAAGAUCGAGAACAUAACAAGAACGUUCCUGAAUUAGACCCCAGCCAUGUUAUGGAGCUAAGGAUGUUGGGGCUGUAUUAAUCUGAAAUUGGUGAAUCCAACAUUGGGCACUUGAAGGCUUCAAGUAAGGAACUCUAUCCUGUAUUCCUUUCCACUCCUAUGUAUCGCAAGUGGAGAAUUAGUAAAAAUAUAGGUAGAGUUGGCUCACCAUUACGUUGCAUAAUCUUUUGCAACUUGAGAUUUUAAUUUGUAUUAUACUGCAAGAAUCCCCAUAUAAUUGGAGGCUUUCAUUUUUUGAUCUCGUGAUCUUAGACGUACUUUUGUGUUUGACCAAACAAAGCAAAUUUUUCCUUCUGGUUU